GCUUUCCCGAUCCAGGAUCGCGAUUCGGCGGGGACGGCGACGGAGACCCGGUGGCCAGCAUCUUGCAGGGCGUCCACGAACGGCCGGACAUACGGAGAGAGCUUCUUCGAUGGGGGGCCAUCGUCAUUCACCACCUGUGGGUUAAGUAGGGAAUUGGUGGUCAGUUCACUUUUGGCAGGCCAUUGUAGAAUCCACGCUCAGAGGGGAGAGUUUUGGCGAUUGUCUUGGAGAGAACCGAAAGAGGGACAUCCGCCAAGGGGCCUUUGUCGCCGCCGCUCAAUGGCGGACAGCAGCACAUGCCACGAGCGCCAAAGAGAGCACUUACAAGGAUAUGCAUGGCGAACUCUACUGGGGCUGAUCAGCACUGGCUGUGGGAGGCGAGGGCAGCUGGUCGACCAGGACAGUAAAUUAAGGAGAUAG